AUGUCCCUCCGCAUCGCCCCCGCAACCUCUCACGCCACCCACACCGACAACACCGUCGGCCGGCACCACAAUGGCCUCCAGGCGCCCCAUCCCAGUAAAGGAGCCCCAUCGGCACCCGGUCUACCAGACACCCUACGCAACAACCUCACGGCGCAAGCACCACGGGGUUCGCCCUCACUCAACGCCAGCACAAUCCCCACCUCCGCGCACCCUCUCGAAGCCCGCCUACUAGCAUGGCGCAGCACACAAGAAGCACUGAAAAUGGAGUCCCUGAGGCGUGCGUACGGCAUGGCGGAGCCGAUUCGUCGCGGCAUGGAGAUGAAGAUUGUCCAAGACUCGAGUUUUGUGCCGCUGGCGCUGGGAGGGCCGAGAGGGAAUGUGCAUCAGGAUAUUUUGGCGUUGGGUGGACGGGAUGCGGAAGUGAGCUGGGAGGAUGUGUUUCAUAAUGAUGAGUUCCGUGAACCACCAGCGUUCCAUGAUGAGAUGGAGAAGAGGUUGAAGAUGGAUUGGUAG